AAGCAGCUGCGGGCGGUGCGAGAGCGCCCCCCAACUGGCUGUCUCCUCUCUCCCUCCCUCCCUGGAAACGGGAGGCCCUUCGUGAAUUCCUCCUGCGUGUCUUUCUGCCGCCCGGCGCCUCCUGUCCUACCCCAGUCGCCUCAGUCAGUUCUAGAAUCUGUUCGUCCGUCGCUUGUGGCGUUUAACCUCUUUUGUCGGUUUGUUUGUUUUUUUUUUUACGUCUUUCCCCCUCAUAUCUUUUAUCACGGCCCCCAGCCAUGGCGGCGAGUGCCAAGCGAAAACAAGAGGAGAAGCACCUGAAGAUGCUCCGGGAGAUGACCAGCUUACCGCCCAACCGCAAGUGCUUCGACUGCGACCAGCGCGGCCCGACCUACGCUAACAUGACAGUCGGCUCCUUCGUCUGCACCUCCUGCUCCGGCAUUCUGCGAGGUCUGAACCCUCCCCACAGAGUGAAGUCCAUUUCUAUGACGACCUUCACGCAACAGGAAAUAGAAUUUCUACAGAAGCACGGGAAUGAGGUAUGCAAACAGAUAUGGUUGGGCUUGUACGAUGACAGAACCUCAGCCAUCCCGGACUUCAGGGAACCCCAGAAAGUCAAAGAAUUCCUCCAGGAAAAAUAUGAGAAGAAGAGAUGGUAUGUUCCUCCAGAGCAGGCUAAGGUGGUAGCCUCGGUCCAUGCUUCGAUUUCAGGCUCGUCAGCCAGCAGCACCAGCAGUACUCCAGAGGUGCGGCCCCUCAAAACCCUGCUGGGAGAAACAGCACCGACCCUGCACCUCAGCAGAAACACACCUAGCCAGUCCCCUGUAGUGUCGCGUACUCAGUUGACUCAGCAGGACAGAAAGUUUGAUCUACUCAGCGAUUUGGGCGGAGACAUCUUUGCGGCUCCAUCCUCUCAGUCCCCAGGCGGCGCAAACUUCGCCAACUUCGCACAUUUCAAUAGCCAUCCAGCAUCACAGAAUGCUAAUGCUAGCGCAGACUUUGCAAAUUUUGAUGCAUUUGGGAGUCCUGCUGCUGCUGCUGCUGCACCACCGAGUGCUGCGUUUCCCCAAGCCCCACAACAAGCAUCAUUUCAGCCUGCACAAACAGUGUUCUCCACUCUUCCAUCCAGUCGCAGUGUGGGAGAGUUCCCCUCAGCGCUGCCCCUACUGGCCACUCACAGUGGCUCGUCAGGGCUGGCCAAUGCCAACUUUGCAAACUUUGACAACUUCCCCAAGUCAUGUAGUGCCGACUUCGCCUCAUACAGCAGCUCCCAGACUAACUGCACUGGGGGUGGGGCUAAAGCCGAGGGCUCCGCUGUACCUGCGGACAGGUACGCCGCGCUCGCUGAUCUGGACAACAUCUUCAGCUCGGUCAAACCUGAUCAAGGCACAGGCUCAGGCUCUAGUGGUGCAAGUUCAGCUCCUCCCUCUGCAGGUGUGGGUCCGCCCCCUCCACAGGCUGCCAUGCUGGGAGGCGAUCGCUACGCUGCACUGGCUGCCCUGGACAACGUCUUCAGCUCCCCAUCCUCCACCACCAGCAGUUUCAACACUGUCACCAAUACCCAGGGGACUGUGUUUGGAGCUUCUACUGGAGUAUCUGCUUCACAGCCACAGCAGGGGUCACUGCCGAGCAUGCCUCAGGGCUUCACAGGCCCAUCUACAAAUCCCUUUGUCGCUCCUGCUGUGCCACAGGCUGCUGUCCCAACCAAUCCAUUCCAGACCAAUGGGAGAGCAGUGGCAGGAGCAGCAGAUGCACACGCAGCAGCCUCAUUUGGUCCUGGCUCGAUGAGCAUGCCAGCUGGGUUUGGAAAUGCUGCCGCCUACAACCUCCCCACCAGCUUCAGUGGAAGCUUCCAGCAAGCCUUCCCCAGCCAGGGCUUCCCCCAGCAGCAGACCUACCCUCAGCAACCAAACGGUGGAGGUUUUGCUGCAUUUGGUGGACAGGGUAAGGCUGUAGUACCUCCUUUUGGACAGAACAUGGCAUCAACAGGAGUUACCAAUAAUCCAUUUUUGGCGGGGGCACCGGCGGGACAGUAUCCUGCAGGAAACUCCUCCACAAACCCUUUCUUAUAGCACGUCCUUCUCUUUCCACACCACCAGGGGGAGACUCAGUUGCACCUCUUGCACUGUUUUGUUUUUCAAGUAGCUUUAAAAACGUCUCUUGAGAACUUUUUUUUAAAUGAGUUUGAUGAACUACAACAGCAUUUCACUCAACAACGGUGUAAAACGGCGAUACAUCCAUGUUGAAAAGAAAACAAAACAAGGUAUUGGGGUGCCUACAGGGAAGGGUUUUUCCCUGCUCCCUCUGCUGAAUCUGUGAAAUUGCCUGGCCUGGAAAAUGUACUUUCAAACUGGCAGACAACUAAGUUAUUGCAACAAUGUCCUGUGCAUUUUAAUGCUGCAGUCCUGUACAUAUUUUUUUCUCAGAAAUGGCAGAAAUUUAGCAUAUCAGUAUUUGUAUCUUAAACAUGCGCGUACACACAUACACACAUACAUUUGCGCAGACAUUCACAUGCAUCAAGCUCUGACAUGCUGUAGUAGAAGUCGCGGAGAUUACCUGCUUAACAUGAAGCAAGAGCCUGUUCUCCCUCAGAGAGAGAGAUUUCACCAAGGAAGAGCAUCUGCGCUUUGCUGUUUUUAUAAACGAAGAAUCCUCCUUCACUCCCCCCCUUACCACCCCCAUCCAUGCCCGGCUAUAAGGAGUUUUGGACUAUGAGUAUCGCCCUCAGACUCUCACCUGGCCAGGUGCUAUUCAGAAACUCUCAGACUACAGACCACUUAAGUUGAGUGUUACAGAAAUUUAAGUUAAUGUGUAUAUGUAUAUACACAUUAUAUAUAUAAAUAUAUAUAUUAAAAUGAAUUUUAAUUAAGAAAUCCCUUUUCGUCUUUGACUGUGAUGACCUUUGUUUCAUUGGGUGCGCUGACCGGAGUUUAGGUGUUUAUGGUUCAGUAAGACAUUUUGGUAUCUUGUGAAGAACGUGCCUCUUGCAACUGAUUUUAAUGGGAACAUUGAGUCAACAGACAUCAACAUUUGCCCUUCAAAAAAGUUGCUUUCAAGGAGUGUAUCUUGACAUAACCAUGCAUCAGCCAAAAUGAGACUCUG